AGGGGUGCUGAAAUACCUGCCCAAGACAGCACAGGUCACAGGACACAGAGGCUGAUUUGUACCAGAGGAAGAACCAGAGAAAAUGAGAGGAAGGGAAAGAAAUCUGCCUUUGUUCAUCUGUCCCUUAGUGCUGAAGAGUCCUGGACACAGCGGUCAGUCCCCCUCACUGGUGCGGGGGCAUCACCCAGCUUCAGUUGCCAAGUAACCACCUGAGCAUCUUCUAACUACCCCAGCAACCAUUCCAUGUCAGCUGGCCACCAACAGCAAGUGGCCACAGUCGUGACUGGGGCAAGGACAGUCCUGCAAAGCGGAGGCAAAGGCACCCGGGGGCUCAUCCCCUGCCUGACUGCUUUUCCCAGGCACUGCCAAACUCCCAGGCUUGCAGGGCAGCUCCCGGGCUGACCUGGGAGAGUAGCAGUGCCAGUAGAACCUGGGCUCUCUGGGACCUGCUGGAGGCUGGAGUGAUAGCCACCAUGGGAGAUGAGGACCUGUUGGCCUAUUUCCACAUGCAGUACAAGCAGCACCUCCCGCGCUUGCUCAGGGAACUCGGACUGACAGAGGAGGAUUCCCCAUCUCCAUUUAUUCACCUUCAGAAGAAGAGGAAACAAGACCAACUGAUGCACAUGUUUCUGAAGGUGAAGGAAGAGGUAGCCAUAUCAUGCUCACUCUGGUGCUGCCAGGCCUUUAGGGAGAGGAUGAAAGUCAUAUCCUGCCAGUGGAGGGACCUCCGCGCCAAGGAGGCUCAGCUGAAAACCUACAUGGAGAAAUCUGGGAAGAUUUUAAAGGAAAAUUAUAAGAUGCAAAUCGAAGCUCUGAAGAGAGCCAGCAAAGAAAGAGAGAUGAAGAUACAAAAGGAGAGUGAGCUUUUGAGAGCUAAGAGGGAACUGGAAGCCCUGAGAAAUAAGCACCGGAAACUCUCCAACAAAGUGCAGAAGUACUCCAUCUUCAACAAAUAUUUGGAGGAUGUGGUGAAGAUCUCACAGUUUGAGGAGAUCCAGGACAUCAUUUGGCGCUACAGGAUGUCACCAAGGAUACACAAGCACCUGCUGCAGGCACAACAGGGAUACAAAGAAAUGUCCGAGCAAGCCAAGAUGCUCCUGGACCAGUACACAGCAGAGAAAGAAGCUGCGAUCCUGCGGUAUAAAAACGAGCUGGCGCAACUCCAGCUACGUUUUGACCAGGCUCAAAGUGACAUCCUUCCCUUGGAGAAUUCCUGGGCCGACAUCCAGAACACGACUGCCAAGAAAACCCUGAAGCUGGCGACCAUCAAGAUGGCCAUCUUAAGCCUCUUCCAGUGCAUGAGCACACAGCUGAAAGCAAACCUGAAAGUGCCAAUGGAUGACAGCCACAGGCAACUGGACAUGAUUCAGCGAUUUAUCCAGGACUUCACAGACAUCUAUAUGGAGGUGAGACAGAAGGACACGCAGAACCACCAGCGAGCAUCUAUACCUACAGAGCUAUAAGGGACAUGCCAACAUGACCUUCUCUGCCAGCAAAGGCUCAACAGGGUGUUAAAGGAAAGAGGACAGAGGGCCCUACAGAUAUUGUAGACUCCACCAUAGGUUACACCAGUGAAGUUUCAUACCUUUCUGGCUCUUCUGCACAGUCGCUAACACCUUUUUUACUAUCAAAAAUAAUCAAAUAUUUUAAGGUGUCUUUAUUUCUGGGAGGAUUGGAAACAUCAGAGCAGCUCCAUCCACAGCUUCACCCCAGAUGCCAUUCAGAAGGGGCACCUUCCCUGGCAGAUGGGAUUCUGGUUGCAGGAGACAGUGUCCCAGCAAAGCACGCAACAAAGGGAGAGCAGGCUGGGAUAGGAGUAUAGUCUCAAAUAGGGAUUAGUACUGGUGUUCACAUUCAGACCUCCCACUCAGCCUAAGCCCUGAGAUAUUUGAGAGGGAUGUCUCAAUGGAGUGGGGGGACUGUGCUUUGGGAGAGCUUCAGAGAUUUUCCACCACGACACACAGCACAUCCAUUGGUGUGGAUUUCUCUGCCAGCCACGUGCUAUGUAGUAAAACUCACCUCCCGCCUCAAGCUGUUAGAGAAAGUGUGGAGAACGGAUAUAGGUGAAGGAUGAACCAGCCAAAGCUAUUCUACCACACAUUUAGCCACUCAUCCUGAGUGCUAACAUGAUGAAUACAAAACAAAAGGACUAAAAAUUACUCUGGAGACACACUGUGGAGUUCAGGCCAGUCUCAGAGUCUUUUGAGAGGGACAUUUUAAUGGACCAAGGAUCCAAUUAUAUUAACUUACAGAUUUUGAGGCAAGAGACCAUUGAUCACAUGCUCUAGUUCCUUUCUCUAGUAGUUACUCCUGUCCUGAGCCAGUGGAUUCAGCUAAUGCAUCCUCCAGAAAAGUCUGAGUCCAGUUGGUCUGUUUAUAAAGCCUGGGGGUAGCUCAGGCACCUGACCCCUUCCUUAAAGAGUGAAGAAAGCACAGAUUAACACCCUUCCUUCCCCAGAUCUGUGCUUUCAUGAGUGACAAGGAAAACCAAUGCACCCCAGAGCUGGUGCUGGCUGCUUGUUUGGAAAGCAGAGGAAGGAUGAGUUCAGGGCAGGAACCCCUGGUGCAGAGUCUGAACAGAGGCUGCUCCCUGUGUGUCUCUGCUAUUGCUAUCUCUGCAAGUUUGAAUUCACAUGUCAAUUAGAAACACAGUACCUUUGGUCAGGUCUCAGCAAGAACUCAUCCAGGAAACCCAAUUUCCCUCAAGCCUCUGAGCUCAGCCCCAUGUUGAGCCACUGAAGCUUAG